AUGGCAACCUUCAACUCUCACUUAGUGUUAUGUUUGAUUAUGGCGAUUUCACUGUCAAACAUAGAUGCAAAUCGGGCGGCCCGCAGCCUACUGCAAACUUCUCAACCGGCAUUGCCAACAAUCCCACCGCUGCCCCAGGCCACUCUGCCACCACUGCCCGCCAUGCCAAAUCUGCCCACCACCACCACGCUGCCGCCACUGCCCGCCGUGCCGAAUCUGCCCUCCAUGCCAAAUAUGCCCGCCACCACACUGUCGCCACUGCCCGCCAUGCCAAACCUGCCCACCACCAUGCUGCCGCCACUGCCAACCACCAUGCCCACCAACCCAAACGUAGCAUUGCCGCCAAUGCCCGGAAUGCCUUCGAUUCCGACGACAAUUCCUUCUUUCCCUUUCCUCUCACCACCACCCUCCAACUAA